AUGGAUUAAUUAGAAUUAUUGAAAAUAUGGAGAGGGAUCAUUGUAGCAUUGCAAUAGAAAUACAGUGAUAUUAAUGGUGCAUUUUCUGAUUUGGAUGUUAAUAAUUCAGGAGAAAUAGAAAUCGAUGAUUUGGCCUCAGAGUUAAAGAAAAAUCAUAAUAUUCAAUCUGAUGAAACCAUAAAACAGCUUUUUGAAUACUUAAACACUUCAAAAUCAGGAGCAAUAAAUUUAGAGGAAUUCGAGAAUCAUUGGACAUAAGUUGAUUAAAAUAUAAAGUAAGCAACAAAUCAGUUAAAGUUUUAAAAACAAAAAUUAGAUAAUGAACAAUAACUUUUGAUAUCUUCUGAAUAGAAAUCAGCCUAAUAAUUCUCUGAUCUAUUUAAAAGUUAUGCAUCAGGAAAUUCACCAAACAAAUAUAUUAAUGUUUAAGGUGAUUUCCAAAUUAACCAUUUCACUUAAACCACUGGGACUCCUCCUAAUUAUCAAUAACAACGCCCUCUCAAUUUUUUGGAUAAUUUCAAUUAUAAUAAGAAAAUAUCACCGCCAAAACACUCCUAUUUAUUAAAAAGUAGAGCUGAAAUUCAGUAGGAUAGACUUAGAGAUAUGUAAAAAAGGAUUACCAAUAUAUUUAAUGGGAAACCAGAACCGAAAAAUUCAUCUCCAAGAUUAAGAUAGGAAUUUGAUAUCUAUCUCAAUAACAAAUUAAACAAACCAAACACAACCAGAAGGUAGGCUUCAUAUCCUUAAUUUUCAUUUGAUUUUUAAAUUAUCUAUCCAUAGAGAAAAACUCAAAGAAAUUUUGAAUAAAGAUUUUCCUUUAAUCAAAGAACAGAUCCUUCUCCUAAUAGAUCUUAAGACAGAAUUUCCUUAUAAUAAUAUGCGUACUAAUUCUUUGAUAGAGUUUACGAGCAUAAACAAACUUCAUCUCUUUUAGGAUUCCAAAAGAAAUAAUAGAUCUAACCUAAAACAACAUUUAUGUUCAGAUUAUGA